GACAUUGGAAAAACAUGAACACCGUCAUGUGACCAGCUGUUCACAUUUCUUUUCCUUUUUCUUCUCUUUAAGUCACAAUUUUAUCUGGCAAGAGUCACGUCUUCUGUGUCUUCUUCUUCUCCCUCGUCUUCUUCAUAAAAAAUUUCAACCUUACACGUGUCGGGUCAAGACGAGUAUUGCAACAGAAAAUCUUGGUUGUACCAGUCGAUGUUUGAAGCAGCUCAGUUCAUCUGAAGAAACAUCCCUACAUUUUUAUAUACAGAGAUAAAUAACCAAAAGAAUAUAAAAAUAACCAAAAACUUGCUUAGACACACAUAUAUAUAUAUAUUUAUAUAUACAUUUAUAUUUAUAUAUAUAUAUAUAUAAAUACAUGAUGACACAAACGGAGGACGGGACCGAAAUGCAGACGAUAUUCAGCAUUUCAGAAGACGAUCAGGCAGAAGAGAUACCCUUACCUAUAACGGAAUUCAGUGUCAAUAAUAAACUACCGUGUGUCAUUCAGAUCUCGGAGAAAAACCAAGUGUUAUCUCCUCUGUUGUAUCCCUAUUUCAAUAGUCCUUUACUGGUCUACAGUGCUCGGAAGGAUAAAGUUGUUCUAUGUCGGACAACAAUGAGAUUAAAAGACGGAGCUUACCAGGAUACAGGACCGACUUUGUUUAUACCCAGCAUGUAUGAAGGUUUAUUUGAAAUAAUUCCAGCCAACGACCAGAUCAGCCAUUACGUUAGCAUAGCCGAGAUUACCGAAGUUAUGCCAAGAAAAUUCUUCACCUGUACACCGCUGAUUGGUAUGAGCAUUGUAAAGAAGGAUAACAGCAACUGCAAAUACAUCCAAAAGGGUGUGAAGGCAGGUUCAACUCUCACUAUCGACAGUAUCUUCACGGCCAAAUGGGAAACUGAAGCUGAAACGGGUUUCUUUAAAAAGACAAAAAUAAAAUACACUUUAACAGAAAAGAAAUAUCUGAAAUGUUUGGAUUCACACAAAGAAGUCGUCUACAUACCGCUGUCGGCUGAAGGCAGGUUUUACACAUUUUACGAACAAGGAAAGACUGGACGCCAUGUUGUUUAUCGUAUCAAUGAGUUUUGUAGAGAAUUUGAAUUCCCACUAAAAGUGCGACUUAUCUACGGUACUUCUCCGGUAAGAAAUGUCAAGUUCACAGAUUUGUUGACGUUGGAGAAAGUGGAGGAGAUAGAAACGAUGGUUGCUUGUAGUAUCGGUCUCGAUAAACAUCAUUUGAUUGAUAUUCCAAUAAAAACCGGCGUUUAUUUUAAACUUCAGCAUUAUGAGAAUGUCACAGAAAGCAAUGAAUCUAAUUUGGAAGCUGCUAUGGCAUUUAGCCGUAAAUAUGUGCACCAUUACCAACGUAGGAUCCGUCAGAGCAUGGAAUAUGAUGAAACAAACUAUGAUAAUUUCACCGACCAACAACAAGAUGGCGUCGAAAUGCCGCUUGAUUUACUGAAGGACUUAAGCAUUGAUAAACAUGAUGACAAAGAUGUCAAAGUAUCGAUCUCUAAUUUUGUAGAGAGCUCUGUCGUCUGAACUUUUCUAUUGAUUUGAUUAAUGAGGAAUAAAAUGGAGAGGAUAGAUGAGAAAGAAACAAUAUGAUGCCUGCUCUCUCUCUCUCUCUCUCUCUCUCUCUCUCUCUCUCUCUCUC